UAUCUCUGAAACUUAUUAGCUGAAUAACCGUCCUGGUUUUUGUUAUCUCUAAAAUGAGAAUGAUACUGGUAUACAUAACUCAAGGUUGUUGUAAGUCCUAAUGAGGUAAAGUCUGUAAAUCACUUAGCUGACAUUUAUAUAGAACUCAGAAUUUUGCUAAUAAUUCGAAAAUAUUAACCUGUGGCAAAAAUAGAUUAAAAAUUCAUUUUAGAAGUGUUAAGUUUCAGAUAUUGAUGGAGAUAUCUAGAAAGCAUUCAGACAUAGAGAACCUAAAUUAAGGGUAGCAGUCAGUCUGAAUAUAUACAUUUGAGAGUCAUCUGCUUCAAGAUCAGAAUUUAAGCCAUACAAAUAGAUGUCUUAGGACAGAGUUUUGAGUGAUAUCUUUACUUACUAGGCAAGAAGAAAGGACCAGUGACAGAAGAAAUAAUCAGAGGAAAGAAGAGACCUAGGAAGGCACAAUGUCACAAUUCCAAAGAAGAGAUUAAGAAAGACUCAAAAAAUAAAUAAGUAAAAGACUCAAUAGUCUUAUGUUCCAAAAGGGUUAAGGAGUAUGAGGAUGGAUAAGGGACUAUGGGAUUUGGUAAUUAUAAGAUGCUACUGGUGACUUGGAAGAUCACAGCUUCAGCUGAGUGGUGGGAAAAGAAACCAGAUUACUAGGGGUUAAGGAAAGAGUAGUGAUAGCUGUCUGAAACUACUUGCAGUUAACCUUUUUUUUUUAAUAUUUUAUUUUAUUUUAUUUAAUAAUAACUUUAUAUUGACAGAAUCCAUGCCAGGGUAAUUUUUUUUACAACAUCAUUCCUUGCACUCAUUUCUGUUCCGAUUUUUCCCCUCUCUCCCUCCACCCCCUCCCCCAGAUGGCAAGCAGUCCUAUAUAUGUUAGAUAUGUGCAAUUAACCUUUUAAAGAUAAAGGCUUUAUUUUCUGUGCACAGAAUAUAAGCCUAUCUAGGGCAGAAAUUGUUUUACAUUUUAUCUAUGUAUUUCCCAUUGCUAACCAGCAUGGUACCUUAAUUGUAGUAAGCAUUUAAAUUCAUGUUGAAUAAAUGGGGAAGCAAAGCUUAACUGUCUUCUCAGCAUUUUAUAAUUGAGCACGUUAUAUUCGGCAACACAUUCAUAGUUUGGGAACUGAGACUAAUAAUCUCCUUAUUUUCAUGUUUUAUUUUACUCCUAUAGCUCCUUCCAACUCUCAAAGAUGUGAUUCUAUAAUACCCAAGCUAAUUAUUCAUAGAAGUAGAGCUCAUGAAUGGAAUGAAAAAGGAACUAACGCCACACCAAGUGAGAAGUUAAACAAUGAUCAUUUGAUCAAUUCAAGAUCAAUUCAAACUUCCAAAGUUCCAUAUUCCUUCAGGUUCCACAUCUAGAUAUUAAGUACUCAACUGGUUGAAAGCUAAAUAAUUUACUCACCCAACACCAAAUCAAGCACAGGCAUUUUUUUUUUUUUUUUUUUUUUUGGUUUUCCUCAAUUACAUGUAGAGGAGACUUUGGCAACCUUUUUGUUACAAGUUGUUCCUAGCACUUUUAAGGACAUUUUUCAUAAAAAUGAGAAGUAGUAUGGGAUAGUUGAUAGAGAACUAGACUUGAAGUCAGGAAGAUCUAAGUUUUAAGACCUUCUGUGAAAAACUGACUUAUAACCCUUAACAAGCUGUUUAAUCUUUCUGUGUUAUAAGCAACUCUCUAAAAUUCUGAAGUUGAUUGGAAUUAGUAAAGGGAGUUUCCUCAUUUGAAAAUUCUUUACACCAGUGAAAUCAUAUAUCUAAUUCCUAUUUUAUUCUUGAAUAUACUAGCUUAAUACCAUAUGACUUAAUUGUUAUCUUUAUUGUUUAAGAUUGAUGAUGUUUAAGAUCUCAAUUUAAAGCCAUCUUAAUUUUUUGAAUGUUUUUAAACUUCUAACUCAUAUUUAAACAACACUAUUUUCAGGACUUUUAAAAAAUUACCUUCAAAUAUGUGGGCUUUACUGUAGAUCAAAUAGAAAGAAAAAUCUCUAAAAUGGGUGGAGUUUCAGUGCCAUUGUUUUUUCUUCUCUAGGUGCAAGACUGUAGCCAUUCCCCCUACUACUAUUGCUUUUGUGGAACUUAGUUCUGAGUCAUGGAUGCCCCAGAGUACAAUCGCUUUGUGGAUACAGAGAAGAUGGAAGCUAUGAUCCCGGACCAAGGACCCAAAGAGAUGAUAAGCACAGACUUCCAGGAGAUAAAACAGUUGGCACGCCAAGGCUACUGGGCCCGAAGCUACACUCUUAGGGGGAAGGUUUACCAAAAGCUGAUCGAGGACAUUCCAUGUCGAACAGUCACACCAGAUGCCAGUGUGUACAGUGACAUUGUAGGAAAGAUUGUGGGCAAACGCAGCAACACUAACCUCCCUCUGCCUGAAUUUGUGGACAAUAGUCUGGUCCCAAGCUACUGCCUAAAUCCACAGGGAGAAGAAGCCGUUCGAAAGAUCCUCCUGUGUAUUGCUAACCAGUUCCCCGACAUCUCCUUUUGUCCAACACUGCCGGCCAUUGUCGCCCUUCUCCUGCAUUAUAGCAUUGAUGAAGCAGAGUGUUUUGAGAAAACUUGUCAUAUCUUGGCUUGCAACGACCCCAACAAGAGGUUUAUUGACCAGAGUUUCCUUGCCUUUGAGUCUUCUUGUAUGACAUUUGGGGACCUUGUUAACAAAUACUGCCAGGCAGCCCACAGACUGGUGGUAGAGUCAUCAGAGGAUGUAUUACAGGUCUAUUGUGACUGGCAUAAGUGGCUCUUUGGGGAUCUGCCACUCAAUUACUUUGCUCGAGUCUUUGAUGUAUUCCUGGUUGAGGGUUACAAGGUACUCUACAGAGUUGCUUUGGCAAUUCUUAAGUUCUAUUGCAAGGUGAAAGCCACACAACCCCUGGGAUCAGAAAAUGUGAAGCAGGAUAUUCGUAUGUUUGUCAGAGACAUUGAUAAGACAAUAUCCUCUGAGAAGCUGUUGGACAAAUCCUUUGCUAUCCGUCUUUUCUCCAGGAAGGAGAUCCAGCUCUUGCAUAUGGCCAAUGAGACAGCUCUAAAGCAAAAAGGCAUCACUGUCAAGAAUAAGAGUGUUUCAUCUUCUCAAAGGCAGUUCGUGCACUUGGCUGUAAAUGCUGAGAAUUUCCAGUCAGACAUUGUCACGGUGAAGGAGAUGCGAGACAUCUGGUCGUGGCUCCCCGAACGGUUUGCUCUCUGCCAGCCUCUGUUGAUUUUCUCCACUAUGCAGCAUGGAUACAGCUUGACAAGGCUUUAUUACCAUUGCGAUGGACAUGAGCCAACUCUCCUUCUCCUUAAGACAAAAACAAAAGAGGUUUGUGGUGCUUACCUGUCAACAGAUUGGAGGGAUCGAAAUAAGUUUGGAGGCAAGCUGAGCUUCUUUGGAACCGGGGAGUGCUUUGUGUUUAGGCUGAAGCCAAAAGUGCAGCGAUAUGUGUGGGUAGUGAUCAAACACCCAGAGCUGGCCAAGAGUUCGUCCUCAGAACCCACAACUUCAAGUCUGAAGUUUAAAGAAACAGAAUCCACAGAUCCCUCAAAACGACUCUCCCCUUUUUUGGCUGCUCGGCACUUCAAUCUUCCUUCAAAAGCUGAAUCCAUGUUUAUGGCUGGAUCCAACGAGUGCAUCAUCAUAGGUGGUGGAGGUGGGCAGGCUUUAUACAUCGAUGCAGACCUGAACCGAGGCCAUACAGGACACUGUGAAACCUUUAACAACGAGCCUCUGUGCUCUGAAAACUUCCUCAUCUCUUCCUUAGAGGUGUGGGGCUUCUGGAAUGCUGGCAUACAAGAGUAGAGGCAGCCACUUUCACUGGUCCCUACAAGAAAGACAAGGACAUUCAGGAGCUCCCAGCACAGGAGGAAGGCUGCUCCAGGACUGACUCCCCUAUUUUCAGGUCCUGAGCUCAGAUAGAAGCACAAGGCUGGAGGAUCCUGUAGGGAUCUCUUUCCAUCCCAGCUUUCUAUGAUGACUACUGACCCUUCUACAGUCAAGAGAUCCUGACAUCCCCCAGGGAAUGGGUUAGUUUGAGCUAGAGCCUGUUAUGGGGCUUAGAUCAUUUCUGGAGACACUCAAGCCUUGCCCCAUCUGCUGAGAGACUUUGGUGAAUCCCAGAGUCCUGUGUCCUCUUGGGUCAGAGUUCAUGGAUGGUGUUGGGGGACAGACAGAGAAGAUGCUGGGUGAAUCAACCAAGGCCAUGCCCAAGUCUUCCAGCUGUCCCUGAAGGAUGAACUGCUGGAGUGGGGGGACAGAACCUUUGUUCUAAGGGUAGUCCAAGGUGCAGAUGAACAGAGACCCUUGCAUGAAUUUCUCCGCAGUUGCUCAGAUGUAGUUUCUGGGGCUACGUUUUUCCUCUCUUAAAUCAUAGACUUGAAUGUGGAUCAGCAGUUCUCUCAACAGGCAUCUGAUGUCUCUGGGUUCUGGAGAACGCUGAUCCAAGAGACGUUGGUCCUCAGUGGGGACGGAAUUAACCCUGAAUGUGGAAUUAGCACUGUCUACACAAACCCCUCGUGUCCUCAGAGCUCUCGAGCCCCCCUUUGUCUUCCUCCCUUGCCUACUUAUCUCAGUCCCUCUGUACCCUGCAAAAAAAAUCUCAAUAUGUGUGUAUAUGUCUCUUUAAUACUGAAUCUGGUUUUCUGUG